AUGGGGACGACCAGUCCUUAUCAGGGUGGCAAGGCCAACAUACACACCGUGUCCAUCGUGUACCUUCGACCGGGCUGGACCUGGCUGACAUGGGAUUGGAUCCCGAUAAGGCGCUAUAUCCAGGGACUGAUUGAUAUGCGCGGGUGGAGUCGGAUCUUUCUUUCUUUUACCGUCAGAGUAGAUAGUGAUCUGGCGGCGAGAUGGCGCGAUGGAGGCCCGCCGGUCGUCCAGCUCUGGGCCCGGUUUGGACGGGGGUCUAUCUGGGGAAGGGACCUCAACCACAUGGCCAAGGGGACGGUGAUUGGCCCCCCUCCUAUCAGCCAAGCGGUAGGGUUGCAUUCCAGAUUACCAGCCAAGGUCCGUGCCAAGCCCCGUGCUUAUUUCCGCCACUGCUCCCUCGUCCAAUCCCCCGUCUUGCCCCACGCCCCUCAAGCCCCCGCCAAGGCCCGCUAUGCCGCCUUGGUCUCUUCCGCUUAUCGCUCACUGCUCAUGCGUCGGUUAGGCCCGAAACUUCAUAGACUUCUAGUCGUGCCCAGAGUCCUCCGGAGUGCCACUCCUCGCCUGUCCAAAUGCGCCAAGAAGCGAUUAGCCCGCUUCUGGUUCUCCUUCCGAAAGAUCCGAUCGCUGUCUACUCCCCGCGGCACCAUGAAUGCCUCAGAUCCCGCCGAUGUCAUGGAGGUCGCCCGAUCCCACGUGGCCGCCCAUGAAGCUCACGAGAAGAAGUCGCUCGAUAAGGAGCUCGCCAUCUCACCCAGCAUCCAAGAAGUCCCCGCGUCCAAGGAAGUGACCGGCUCCUUCACCGGAGGCGACGAUGCUCACCUGCACCACGAGCUGCCCACCGACGCCGAGCUGGUAGACCUGCGUCGCGUUGCGGGCCCCAUUCCCUGGACCGCUUACACCGUGGCAUUUGUCGAACUCUGCGAGCGUUUCUCCUACUAUGGAACCACUGCGGUUUUCGUCAACUUUAUUCAGCGUCCCCUGCCGGAAGGUUCUACCACCGGUGCCGGUUACGAUCACAGCGUGCCCGGAGCUCUGGGGAUGGGUCAACAGGCGUCGACCGGUCUGACUCUGUUCAACUCCUUCUGGUCGUACGUCAUGCCUUUGGUCGGUGCCUACGUCGCCGAUCAACACCUGGGACGUUUCAAUACCAUCAUGUGGUCGAUUGCGGCCGCCUUACUCGGUCACACCAUUCUUAUCAUCUCCUCCAUUCCCCAAGUCAUCUCCAACCCCAACGGGGCCAUUGGAUGUUUCGCCGUCGGUCUCAUCAUCAUGGGUGUGGGAACGGGUGGUUUCAAAUCCAACAUCUCUACCUUGAUUGCCGAACAAUAUCGCCAGGAUCAACCCUACAUCAAGACAUUGCAGUCGGGUGAGCGCGUUAUCGUGGACCCCGCCGCCACCGUAUCGCGAAUCUACCUGUACUUCUACCUGAUGAUCAACAUCGGCUCCAUCCUGGGUCAGGUCAGCAUGGUCUACGCCGAGAAAUACGUCGGAUUCUGGCUGUCGUACUUCCUGCCUACCAUUAUGUUCAUGUGCUGCCCCGCGGUGCUCUUCCUGUGCCGCAACAAAUACAACCACGUCAAGCCGACCGGUUCCGUUUACCUGCAGGCCUUCCGCGUCUGGAAGAUGGCCAUGAAGGGUCGUUGGUCGCUGAACCCUGCCCGCAUGUUCAUCAAGAACCCUACGCCCUUCUGGGAGCCCGUCAAGCCCUCUGCGCUGGGCCCCAACAAGCCCGCAUGGAUGGUCUUCGACGACGAGUGGGUUGACGAGGUGGCCCGUGGUCUCAAGGCCUGCACGGUGUUCUUGUGGUACCCUCUUUACUGGCUGGCAUACAACCAGAUGUUGAACAAUCUGACCUCGCAGGCUGCCACCAUGCGACUGGGCGGCGUCCCCAACGACAUCAUCAACAACCUUAACCCCCUGUCGCUCAUCAUCGCCAUCCCCAUCAUGGACCAGGUCUUCUACCCGGGACUGCGCCGCAUGGGCAUCAAGUUCACCCCCCUGAAGCGUAUCACGGCCGGUUUCAUGAUGGCCACGCUGUCCAUGGUCGCGGCCGCCGUGACGCAGCACUACAUCUACAAGCUGGGAGACUGCGGCAAGGAGGCCAACUACUGCCUGGACGAGCUGAACAAGCACUCGCCCAUCUCCGUCUGGGUGCAGGCGCUGACCUACGUGCUGGGCGGUAUCUCGGAGAUCUUCGCCUCCGUCACCUCGCUCGAGUACGCCUUCACCAAGGCCCCGCGCAACAUGCGUUCGCUGGUGCAGGCCGUCGCGCUGUUCAUGAACGCCAUCUCCUCGGCCAUCGGACAGGCUCUUGUCAGUCUGUCGGUGGAUCCCCUGCUAGUAUGGAACUACACUGUCGUAGCCAUCCUGGCCUUCGUUGGCGGCGUUGGUUUCUGGUUGAGCAACUACAAGCUGGACGCCGAAGAGGAUCGCCUGAACAACUUGAAGAAAAGUCAGUACCAAGGAUCGGGCGUCAAGGGCGACGAGGAGGCGCUGUAA